AUGGUGCUCACUCUCACUAAAGAGAGGAAUUUACCAAAAGGAUUUACCAAAGAUAGGAGGAAUCAUCUGAAAAUGUGUUUUGUGAAAUAUGGCUUUGCAAGGUACAAGACACUGAUGGCCACCAUCCAGUCCUUGGACGCAGUGUGGGCUGAAAGUUUGCGUAGUUGGAGGCAGCCUUUGGCGAGGCUGACGUGGAAACGGGUGUCAGGAUCGGCUGAGGUUGCAGAGCAGAGAAGCCAUUUUGAUCGAAUUCAUCAUGGUCUCCAGGGAAUUUGUGCAGUGUCGCAAAGGACCUAUGCUGAUCAAGUUGAUGCCGAUGUCACAGUUAUUGGCUCUGGUCCUGGAGGGUAUGUUGCCGCUAUCAAAGCAGCUCAGCUUGGAUUUAAGACUGUCUGUGUAGAAAAAAAUGAGACCUUAGGUGGAACCUGUUUGAAUGUUGGAUGUAUUCCAUCCAAGGCCUUGCUGAACAACUCGCAUCUGUAUCACUUGGCCCAUGGAAAAGAUUUUGCUAAUAGAGGAAUCGAAAUUACAGGAAUCCGCUUGAAUCUGGAGAAGAUGAUGGAACAGAAGAGUGGUGCAGUGAAGGCCUUAACAGGUGGAAUUGCUCAUUUAUUUAAACAAAACAAGGUUGUACAUGUAUCUGGGUUUGGAAAAAUAACUGGCAAAACCCAAGUCACUGCAACCAAAGAAGAUGGCAGCACACAAGUUAUCAAUACAAAGAACAUACUUAUAGCCACAGGCUCAGAAGUUGCUCCCUUCCCUGGAAUUACUAUUGAUGAAGAUAAUAUUGUGUCAUCCACUGGCGCACUGUCACUGAAAAAAGUUCCUGAAAAGAUGGUCGUCAUUGGCGCAGGAGUCAUUGGUGUAGAACUGGGUUCAGUUUGGCAGCGCCUUGGUGCAGAUGUGACAGCUGUUGAGUUCAUGGGCCAUGUUGGUGGAAUGGGAAUUGACAUGGAGAUCUCUAAAAACUUCCAACGUAUUCUUCAGAAACAGGGACUUAAGUUUAAACUGAACACCAAAGUUACUGGUGCUACCAAGAAACCAGAUGGAAAAAUUGAUGUAGCGGUUGAAGCUGCUGCUGGUGGCAAGGCAGAAGUAAUAACUUGUGAUGUGCUCCUAGUUUGCAUCGGUAGACGUCCUUUUACAAAAAAUCUAGGUCUUGAGGAUAUCGGAAUUGAACUUGAUAAGAGGGGGAGAAUCCCAGUCAAUAACAGAUUCCAAACCAAAAUUCCAAACAUCUAUGCUAUUGGUGAUGUAGUUGCUGGACCUAUGCUGGCCCACAAAGCUGAGGAUGAAGGCAUUCUUUGUGUAGAAGGGAUGGCUGGGGGAGCAGUUCACAUUGACUAUAACUGCGUACCCUCUGUGAUAUACACUCACCCUGAAGUGGCCUGGGUUGGCAAAUCAGAGGAACAGCUGAAAGAAGAGGGUGUAGAAUACAAAAUUGGGAAAUUUCCAUUUGCUGCAAACAGUAGAGCAAAGACAAAUGCUGACACAGAUGGCAUGGUGAAGAUACUUAGUCAAAAAUCAACAGACAGGAUGUUGGGUGCUCACAUUUUAGGCGCAGGUGCUGGCGAAAUGGUUAACGAAGCUGCCCUUGCUAUGGAAUAUGGAGCAUCAUGUGAAGAUGUAGCCAGAGUCUGCCAUGCCCAUCCAACAGUGUCAGAAGCCUUCAGGGAAGCAAACCUAGCAGCAUCUUUUGGCAAAGCUAUCAACUUCUAAAGUGAAAGAGCAGAUCUUUGUACACGUAUAAUACAUCUCUGAAAACGCACUGUGGGCCCUUAUGGAAGGCUGAGUCUGAGGAUUUUAGGACUGAAUUAAGUGAAUCUCUUCAUUUUAAACAUCAAAUAUUUAAAAAAGUAGAGUUUGGAACAAGUGGAAUUAUCCAGCCUCUGUAAAUUAAAUACUUAAAAUUACAUGUUUAUUUACAUGAUGAAUGUUGCAGAAAAACAGCCUGACAGAACUCUUCUCUUUUUCAAAACCAAACAUUUUGUUGCUGCAUGGGAUUAUCAGGUGUGCUGGUCAAACUCUGCAUAAGUGUCCAGCAUACCUGCUGUUUUCUUAUUUGAAGUAGUGAUAAACUAAACCAGUUGAAUGCUGGCACUUAUAAUGCCACUGGCACUUAAAAUGCCACUGUCACUUCCGCACAAAAAUGCGUUUCCUUCUCAAAGAAUUAACUUUGGUAUUUAACCUACUUCUGACAUACAAGUACCAAAACGUGUUUUGACCUAGUGUAGUGUUAGGGUGUUGGGAGAAGAGGGGCUUGUAUAGAUCAAUUAAAACCAUAUUGACUUUUUAAAGAGAAAAUUACUCUGUGUGUGUGUGAUUCUCCACACAUCAUGUUUUCACAUUGAAAACUCAUCAGGGGAAAAAUUGAGUGCCAAAGGAGAAACAAAAGAUCGAAGAAAAAAUUAAUCUUUCUGCUACUUAAUCUUUUUUCGGUUUCAAAGCUUCCGUUGUCCAACUCUCUUAAACGUGAAACGCUAGAACUGGGUAGUGAAGCAGCACUUGCUGUUAAGUGCUAUGACAUGAGAGUUACUCCGCACCUUCCACACCCAAGGGCUGCAGUGUCGGCUCUCCACACAAUUAGGACAUACUGUCUUCUCCUCUUCUUUCAUUUUUUAUUUUGUGCUCUCUGUCGCUUUGUAGCAAGAGAGCUUAAUAAAUAUUUAAGGUUGCUGGAGGGUCUUGGGUUUUGUUUGCUGAUCAGCCCCUUUACUCCUUUUAGUGUCUAGAUUGUUUUGAGUUUCUUCAUGUAUUCAACAAAGGGCAUCUUUGGAAUAUCCCUAAUGUGUAUAGGGAGUGUGCCCAAUUCCAGUAGCUCAUUUUCAGUUUUGUUUUGCAGGGUGCCAUCUCAUUUGUCUGGGCUCUUCUGCCCUGAAGAAAGCCUUAGUAUCUGCUGAUACUGUGUGCUUCCUUUUUCAUUGUGCCAAUGGCGUGAUAGAUGAGAAAUGUGCGUUCAGAAAACAGUGCAAAAGCUACUUGGUGGUGUGUAUAGACAAGAUGGUUGUAUCCUCCUGCCUUUCUUUAGAGCUUCUCAUUAAGUAUUGAUCCAGUAUCCAUACCAAGCGAUGGAAAUACAUGCCAAUGUUACCAUUUUAUUAAGAUACCAGUUAAUCAACGGACACCAGUGAUACUGUUCUUCAUUUUGGUUUGUUUGGGUUUUUAACUCCUGUUUUAAGUGUAGAUGGGGCUAAACCAUGACAGCUCGUUAAAGUUAUCACCAGGCUUUGAGAUGACCCAGCAUAUCUGCGAAUCGGAGUAAGUGAAUUAAUGUGGAUCUGCUUUCAGGUGUUAGUAGGAAGUUGCUGAAGGGAAAGCAAGGGUGAGACAAUACCAAGGGAAUUAAAACUUGAUUCUUCUGAUAGAUCUAGGCAUUUUGGAAUCACUUCUGCCUGCUGCAGGUAAAUGUUACUAAGUGUUAGUCUGGUGCUUCGCAACUUCUUCCUAGAAGCCCUGCUCUUUCAGAAACAGCUUUGUGUCCACUCCCCCCACCUCCCUCAGUACUUGUGGCAGUCUUAAUGCAGUUCAGCCUUGGGGUUCUACAAAUUCUCGUAUCUCAUUUUAUUCAUGUUGAAUGAAGUUUGGAAAGUCAGGGAAACUGUAAUCAAGAAUACUACUACAAUUUGACUGGAGACUAUAGCAUCCCAGACAGUUGAAAAUAAAAUUCGAGGCCUUAAGAUUGUUCCUGUAUUGUUACUUCUCACUGUCAUUCUUGUUCUAGUUAAGUGUACAAAGAGUGUAAAGGUAAAAGUAAGAUGAGCUACUGAGUUUGCAGAUUUGUAUUUUUAACAGCUGCUAAGUAUACCGGCAGUGAAAUGGUGUAUGAUGCUGGUAAUCAGUUCCUAUGAUGGAUUUUUUUUUACUCUGGCAUUUGUAACCUAUGGAGCUUAAGGGUAAUUAUUUAUUUAAGCAUACAGCUCCUCAGUUUGCUCAGGUGGUGAUAUAUUCUGCCAGAGUUGUCCUGACUAACUUUGGCUGGCGCUAGUCAAGGUUAGGCAAGGUGCUGAUCAAAGUAUAUAUGCAGAUGUAUUCCUCAGGUCAGAAUUAGCAGUUGGGAUGUGUAAGUGCAUGUUGCAGUUUCGGAUGCUAAUUUGUGUAGCUGAUGACUGUUGUAAAUUUUUGCGGUUCUAUACAGUUGUCUGAAGGUGCACUGUUCUACAUAACUUUGAGCUAACAUAUGGUGAACUGGGUGUUACUCUUGCACUUUGAAAAGUCUUGUUUGUGUUUUGCUAAGUGUGAGCUGUUCUUAGAGAGCAACGUCUGCGUACAGCUCAUUAACUGAUUCACGUUAAGUGCCCUGUGAACUCUUGUAGUUCCUUUUUCAGAGAGGCUUGAUCCUCCAAGCUUGGUUUAUCACGUAAAUCUGGUGCUUGAAAUGUAAACCACACUCACCCCUUCAGUACUGACCUCUGUUUCCACUUCACACAUCAAGUGUUUCAUAAUCAGUGACACAAAACUAGUGUUAAGCCUAAAUAGAUAUCACGCAGAAGGU